AAGUCGACAUGCACCGCUCAGCGUGGUAGAAGACCAUCAAUGACCAGCCACGGUUGACUUUUUUUUUUUUUUUCAGAAGGUGUCCACGUCAGUCAUGGGUGCAUCGCUGAUGGUAGCGCCCGCAGGGGGUGUGCUUCCCUCUUCUCACUACAUUGCGAAAGCUUGAAUGCGGGCUGCUCAUACAUACUCGGCAUAUCACCACUUCAUAUGCUAGAUCUUGGGAAUAGUUUCUCUGAAUCAGUAGUGGGAAAGCGGAGCAUGCGGGGGCAGGACUACGAAAGAGCGCUGCCAUGUUGCAGGACUAUGGAGGCCCCGACAGCUGAGACUCAGGGAACUCGGUGCUCCUUUGACCUAGUCUGCGUGUAGUGGUAAUCAGCGCUUGAGCGGUUUUGCUCUCUCUCAGCGGCGUUAUUGCUGGUCCAUGAUGCAGGCACCAAGGCAUCAAAUUUCGCGCGGGACGAGCCGAACCGAUGACCAGAUUGGGCGUUGCGAUUGCUACAUCUUCAGCCCUAAUUUAGCAAUAGUUUUCGCUCACUUUGGGUCAGAUGGGGAAGAAGGAUGAAGCGGUAUCCAUAAUACGGACUAAUCGAUUCCUAUGAGUUGCUGGUCCUCAAGGUCAGGUGACUGGCUCAGGAGAAGGAACACUGAAAAUUUCUCUCACCUAUUCAUCACUAGCUUAGGCCGACAUCAUGGCUCAUGGACUCUUCCAGCUCAGCAGCGGCCUCUACACCGGGGUCGCUGUCCUCCUACUCCUCGCCUGGACGUUAACAGCACUUGCUUUCACAGCACUCAACGUACUCAACAGUAAUAGCUCCUACCUCGAAAUCAUCGCGUCGAGCAGUCUCCUUACCUUUCUCUUCUGCCGUCUUCUCGUUGCCUCGAGUGAGUCGAGUCCAUCAACUCGCCAAGAUGAUACUAUUGCUCGAUUGGUUGCCUCUGCAGACCAUGGAUCGCGUCGGGGCGCCGUCGUUCUUUUUGGGUUGUGCUGCACAUGGCUAUACGAGCUGCUUAACCAGGCGGUGUUGUUAUUUUUUAUGACUGUCUUUGGGAGUGUCAUGGCUACCGCUAUAUACAAUGAUGCAUUCACGGAUGACGUGGUGGAUGUCGACGAGAGUACAACGGCUUUGUCAGUCGAGAUGGACAAAUUUGAAGAGAUGGCUGGCUUUAAUCCGACGCAGAUGUUUAAGUUGAUUCCACCACGGCUGUUGGUUUAUUUUGUCGCACUGGUUUGGUUGAACUUUCUGAGCUUGGGGGCUUAUGUGCUGGGCCAUGCGGCGGUGUCGCUGAAGAAGUUGCUGAGCUCGUCAGUAACUGUUGGGAGCGCUGGGGCGGCUGGCGAGAAGGAACCGGCUGCUGAAGAGUAGAUGGUGUUUAUGACAAUUGUACAGCACUACUGUCGUCUUCCCGUAUAAGGAAUUAAAUAUAGAAUCUUCAAAUUAACAACAUUC